AUGUCACGGGAACACCCCCGUACAGUACACGAUCGAGCCUUUUCCGACGACCCCCCAUACAGUACAUUGAUCCUGCAAUGUAGCAUUGAUCAUGUCACUGCGGAGGUUAUUGCCUCACUUAUUUUGAACUUUUUCUCCGACAACAAAAAUUCAAGCCGUAAAGAGAUCGAGAGGAUCAUAUUUAGGGAGUUACAUUGCAGGUCGGGCUAUUGGAAGUGUUGGAUGGCAGGCGUCAUUGCGAAGAACAUAGUUCGAGGUAUACCUGAGCACGAAUAUACAGUGCUGACCGCCUUUUCAUAUGUUUUCAAUGGCUUCAAUCUCGGGUCUAUAAAUUCUCUCAUGAUCGAUGAGGCGUCGGGCAGGUUUAUUUACUACUUUAUAGCAUUUGAGGCUUUCAUCCGUGGAUAUGCACACAUGAGAAAGGUCGUUGCUGUUGAUGGCACAUAUUUUUCCAGCAAGUACGAGGGUGUGUUGAUGUCUGCUUUCGCUCAAGAUACGUUGAAUCAUAUCUAUUCCUUAACAUAUUGUGUAGUGGAUAAAGAGAAUGAUGCAUCAUGGGGCUUAUUCUUUGAGAAACUUAAGGCCUUUGUCGUCGACGAACCAGAGUUGUGCAUUAUCUUCGGCAAAAACGUAAGCAUAACUAACGGCCUCGCAAGGCAUUAUCUACUUACGCAUCAUGGUAUUUGUAUGAGGCAUCUCGGUGAAAAUCUCCGAAUGAAUCACCAUUGUGCAGAUUCUCUCUAUUUGUACUACCAUGUGGCCAAGGAGUAUACAUUGGAAGAAUUUAAUGACUACUUCAAUGCCCUUAAGGAAAGAUGCCCCAGCGCAAUAGCUUACCUCGAGCAUGAUGUUGAAUUUGAAAAGUGA